AUGCCUGACACAGGCGAACAAGACAGGCUCUACAUCGAGAGCAUUGUGCACGAGUACUACUCCUACAUCAACAAUCGAGAUUUUUCGCGUCUGCGGAGCGCCUCCUACAUCGCACCCGUUGCGACCGGAAACUUCGAAUACCGCCUCGAUGGUUCGAGUGAAGACAGCCUCGACAAUCACGUCAGCUUGUUUGAAGAGCAUUGCAAAAACCACCCCGAUCGUAGGAUACAUGCCACCGAAAUCACAACUACGUUUGAGAGUGCAGAACGCGCGAGCACAUUUGUAAACGGGACCAUGAGCGAGGGUGGUGUAUCGAUUCCAGGCACUACCUUGCUUACCUUGCGAAAGAUCCGCGGAGAAUGGAAGGUAACGUCUGCAUCAGCCAUGCGAGGGMCGGGAUUAGACGCCGCCCGGGGUGCCAUGGAGGGACCCCCGAAAGACCCAAGGCAAGAGGAUAUGAGUACAACAUACCUUCGCAAGAGCUUCACACACGACAAGACGAAAGGCCCUGGCGCCAUGGAGGUUGAAGACGCCGGACCGGAAGCUACGAAAGCUUUGCUAAUGGACUACGGCCGUCAAUUCAUCGAGCUCCACAACUCCACGUCCAUCACGACUCUGCUCGAUGCAGAUUGGGUCGCCCCCUACUUUUCAGCCGGGACUGCGAACCGCACGGCAGCGGACAUCGACUUGCAGACAUAUGUCCAAAGGCAGGUGCAGUAUCUCCAGAAGUUCCCUCACUUCUCAACUCGCCUUGUCAACGUUCAGGCCGAGCUCGAUUCUUCAUGUAAGACUGCGACGGUGUUCGUCGACACCGAGCAGGAGGGUGCGCCACUCGGAGUGAAGCUUCCAGGCAUUGGUAUACUGUCCUGGAGGCGCGAUGAACUGUCAGGGAAGUGGUUCUUCUGGAAAUUGGUUGUCAUGAGAGGAAAUACCGGUGCUGCAACAUGA